AUGGCCUUGAGGAACCACAGCACCGUCACCGAGUUCAUCCUUCUUGGGCUGUCCACUGAGCCACAUGUCCAGGCUCUGCUCUUUGUGCUCUUCCUGGGGAUUUACUUGUUGACCCUGUUGGGAAACCUCUUGAUGCUGCUAGUCAUCAGCCUUGAUUCCCACCUUCAUACUCCUAUGUACUUCUUCCUGAGUCAUCUCUCUUUUGUUGAUCUUUGCUUCUCUUCUGUCACUGUGCCCAAGAUGCUAGAGAACCUCCUAUCGCAAAGGAAAACAAUCUCAGUAACUGGCUGUUUGGCUCAGGUUUUUUUUGUCUUUGUCACUGCAGGGACAGAAGCCUGUCUGCUCUCAGUGAUGGCCUAUGACCGCUAUGCUGCCAUCUGCCACCCUCUGCUCUAUGGGCAGAUCAUGAAUAAACAGCUGUAUUUACAGCUCGUGUGGGGCUCCUGGGGUCUGGGAUUUCUGGAUGCAUUCAUCAAUAUCCUCCUAGCUAUGAACUUGAUAUUUUGUGAGGCCCAAGUCAUCCACCAUUACAGCUGUGAAAUGCCAUCUGUCCUUCCUCUGUCAUGCUCCGAUGUCUCCAGAAACAUCAUUGCUUUGCUCUGUUCUACACUCUUACAUGGGCUGGGAACCUUCCUCUUGAUCUUUUUAUCCUAUGCACACAUUAUUUCCACCAUUCUAAGCAUCAGCUCCACUACAGGUAGAAAGAAGGCCUUUUCUACCUGCUCCUCCCACCUCACUGCAGUCACACUUUACUAUGGCUCAGGUUUGCUUCGCAAUCUUAUGCCAAACUCAGGCUCCACUAUGGAGUUGAUCUUCUCUGUGCAGUACACUGUAGUCACUCCCAUGCUGAAUCCUCUCAUCUACAGCUUGAAAAACAAGGAGGUGAAGGCAGCUAUGAAAAGAACUUUGGAAAAGUAUUUGCAACAUAUCAAGUGUUGA